GUCCGACAUCACGGACCGGGCUUAGUGUACGUACAUGGUACUUAGGCUUUCGAGUACCACCCCUAUUUUUGCGUGAGUUCGUCGUACAAAAUGGGCGAAUCUCAUAGUUCAAGGCUUGUCCUUGUGACCUAGAAUCAUACAGCAUGAAUUCAUCAUCAAGCAAAUGCAAUCAUUAUGACUAUGUAUGACAUUUAUUACGUAUCACAAUCAUCAUUUGAGCAUACAUGCUAUAUUAUGUCAUAUCAUGAUAAUUAUAUGUCUACUUGCUAUUCAACUUGGAAUUGUUGUAUUAGCGUAUUCCUCAGCUGACGCUGAGCGUGUAGUUUGUUUUACUUGCUACACGCAGGUAACAAUACUGAUCAUGGAGCCCAUCCCGGAGGUCAAUGAGAGUGACGAGAUGUACGGACUGGUGGACCACAUUUAUGAUGUUUUAAUUAAAUAAAUACCUUUUCGGGCGAGAACCCAGAAAAAUGUAAACAAUUUGAUUAUGUUUUAUAUUUAAGCUUCCGCAUUGUUUCAGCAAUACUCUGAAUUUAAUAUUUGAAAUUAUCAUUUAUAUUAAAGUUUAAAUUGGUUUUAAAUUAUUCCUCAAAUUGUUAUGCGUAUUUACCAUCAUGUGAGCUCACUGCCAUUGCUCCCCUAACUUUUAAUGAACCACCAGAUAUUAAAUCUGUUUCUCUUUCUCCCUCUUUAAAGAAGUUGAAGAAUUGAGCGCAAAAGAUGGAAUCUUUGGCUCCAUUUCUCCAACUUGGCCCAUCCAACUCCGCCGCCACCGCCCUCACCGCCGGCGCUGGGGGCACUCCUUUGAUCGAACCUAAACUCGAGCCGCUUGAAGAAUACACCCAAGCCGACCUUCAAACCCCACCGAUCUUUGCGAACCCUAGCCCUUCCGCCUCCAAUGUCAAAUCAAGUACCAAUUCUGCUUUCAGUCUUCGCAGCCCGCAGGAACCCAAUGCCAGUGACAUCUUGCCGUCCUCAAAUGAGGCGAAUGUGUAUUCAGAAUUCAGUCGAAUCUCUGAGAUGUUUCAUGAUGCUUUUGCUAAGAGAAUGCAGGGAUACGGGGAUGUGGAUGCUUUGGAGGAACCAGAUUCUAGAGCUAUUGUGCCCGUAAAUAAUGAUGAGCAGACCUCAGGUUUGGUGAUUUCGAAGAAGAAGUAUCAGCAGAGGUCGUCUGAGCUGGUAAGAGUUACGGAUCUUAAACCUGAGGACCAAAGAUAUUUCCGGGAUGUGGUUCGGAGGACCCGGAUGCUUUUUGAUUCUAUUCGUGUUCUCGCCAUACUGGAAGAUGAGAGGAAACAUCAAAUGGACCCUCCAUCCAUAGGAGAAAUCUAUGCUUCACAGCUGGCUACGGAGAAGGGCGAUACCUACCAGCAAUACUUACGCCACAGGAAACCAAGAGGAGACCUGAAGGCUUCACAGUUGAUGAGAGAGAAAGGGCUCUGGUUGAACCGUGAUAAGAGAAUUGUGGGAGACAUACCAGGAGUGAUCAUUGGUGACCUGUUCUUUUUCAGGAUGGAGUUGUGCGUGGUUGGGUUGCACGGGCAACCUCAAGCUGGAAUUGACUAUGUCCCUGCCAGUCAGAGCUCGAAUAGGGAGCCAAUUGCCACUAGCAUCAUAGUUUCUGGGGGGUACGAGGACGAUGAGGAUGCAGGGGAUGUUCUUGUCUAUACUGGGCAUGGUGGGCAGGACAAGUUUUCACGGCAGUGUACGAAUCAGAAGCUUGAAGGUGGGAAUUUGGCAUUGGAGAGAAGCAUGCACUAUGGCAUUGAGGUUAGGGUGAUUCGUGGGUUUAGAUAUGCGGGUAGUGCUAGCGGUAAAGUCUAUGUUUAUGAUGGUUUAUAUAGGAUUAUUGAUUAUUGGCCAGCUGUGGGCAAGUCUGGAUUUCUUGUGUUAAAGUUUAAACUAGCUAGGAUUGAGAAUCAACCAGAACUGGGAAGUUCUGUUCUGAGGUUCGCGCAGGCUCUCAGGACACAGCCACUGGUGGCGAGGCCAACAGGGUAUCUAAGCCUUGAUUUAUCAAGGAAAAAAGAGAACACACCUGUUUUCUUGUAUAAUGACAUUGAUGCUGAUCAAGAGCCUGCAUAUUAUGACUAUCUGCCCAAAUCUAUUUUCCCCCAACAUGUGUACCAUUUCAUGGGAAAUGGUACAGGCUGUGAAUGUGUUAAUGGAUGUGUUGACAAUUGCUUUUGUAUGAUUAGAAAUGGUGGCGAGUUUGCAUAUGAUCAAAAUGGUUUAUUGUUGAGGGGGAAACCUGUGGUUUUUGAAUGUGGCCCGCAUUGUCACUGCCCUCCAACUUGCAGGAAUCGAGUCAGUCAAAGUGGUGUGAAAAAGAGGUUUGAAGUGUUUCGAUCAAGGGAGACCGGUUGGGGAGUUAGAUCAUUGGAUCUUAUUCAAUCUGGCUCAUUUAUUUGUGAAUAUGCUGGUGUUGUCUUAACCAUGGAGCAAGCCCAAAUUUUCAAAAUGAAUGGUGAUAGUUUAAUAUAUCCAAUUCGUUUCGUGGAGAGAUGGGCUGAAUGGGGAGAUUUAUCACAAAUAUAUGAUGACUAUGUGCGCCCAAGUCGUCCUUCAAUCCCUCCCUUGGAUUAUGCAAUGGACGUAUCCCGAAUGAGAAAUGUAGCCUGUUACAUGAGCCAUAGUUCAAGUCCAAAUGUUCUUGUCCAGUUGGUACUUUAUGAUCAUAAUAAUGUCUGCUUCCCUCGCCUUAUGUUGUUUGCAAUGGAGAAUAUCCCUCCUUUACGAGAGCUUAGUAUUGACUAUGGCGUUGCUGAUGAGUGGACAGGGAAGCUUGCUAUAUGUAACUGACUUAUUUGAAUGAGUUCAUGCUGUUUUGAAUAUGAUGCAUAGCAGCUGUAUUGUCUCAUUAUGUAUGCAGAUGAGGCUUGGACGUAACGGUUGCAAUUUUGUGACUACGUACAUUAUCUUGCACUGUACACUACGUGACACAACUAUUGUUCCCGGCAUCAUCAUCUAGUAUGAAUUUUGACUGUGCAGGCAAGAAGAAGCAUAUAUGUCCGUUACGUUUAGUGCCAUUAGCAGAAAAAAUUAAAUNUCUGGAAUCUUG